UUGGAGUGCGCAACGCGCAUACGCCACAUAUAUAUAUAUAUAUAUAUAAUCAGAUAAUCAACGAAGUUUGUAGAGAGAGAGAGAGAAGCUGAGUACAAAAUUCACUGCUCGAGCUCGACGGGUUUCGAUCUGUUGUGAGACAGAUUUUCUUGGGUAGUGUGUUUCUUAUCUCGGGAGUUUUGUAAGUUUGCAAUUUGAAGCAGUAAGCCUUCUUGCAUAAGAUGUACUUCUGGUCAUCAUCAUACCAAAAUGCAGGUUUUGAGUUGGUUUUUUCAUCCAAAUGGACUGCAAGAAAUUUAUGCAGAUGGUCGAGGAGAAAAAGAAGAGAGUCAUGGAGAGGAAAGAAGCCCCCUUGAAAUGGGAGCAGAAGCUUGAAGCUGCUGGAAAGGCAAAAGCCGAGGCUGAAGCCAAGGAGAAGAAGCUGAAGGCUGCAAAGCAUAAGCGUAGGUCUGUGUCAUGGUCUGGUAGUGAUAGUGACAGUGACAGCAGUGAGAAUGACCGAAAGGCAUUGAAGAGGUCCCACAAAAAGCAUAAGAAACACAGCCAUUCUGACUCUGGUGACAAUGAGAAGAGGAAGGAGAAGAAAUCCAAGCAAAAACGAAGGAGACGAACCUCUGGCUCUAGUGAUGGGUAUGAUAGUGACUCAGAAGAAGAGAGGAGAAAGAAGCGGGUCCACAGGAAGCAUAGGCGUCAUGGUUCAAGUUUGGAUUCUGGUGAUUCAGAUUCAAGUGACGAUGAUGGUGCAGCGAGAAGAAGAAGAAAUCAUGCAAAGCAUCACAAGCGUCAUCGGCGGUCACAUUCUAUUGGUUUGGAUUCUUUAAGCGAUGAGGAUACCAAAGCAAUCAGACGGAGAAGUCAGACACAGCAUCACAAACGGCAUAGGCGGUCAGAAUCAGAUUUGGGUGACAAUGACAGUGAUGCUAUCAGAAGGAAAAGUCAUGUAAAGCCCCACAAACUUCAUCAUCGAUCUCAUAGUCAUGACUUGACCUCCUCAGAAUCUGAUGACCGCAGGUGGGAUCGUAGGAGCCGAUCUUUGGGAAAGUCAUCGGAUGAUGACAACGGAGAAUCGGGCAAAAGAGGAAAGCACAAAAGCAAUCAUCACCACCACCAUCGCCACCAUCAUCACAGGCAUCAGCAGCAAAAGUCAGAUGAACAGGAGCACCAGAGGAAUAGUGAGCUUCCACAGGUGAGAGAAGUGAAUGGAAAGCACGUGGACGAUGGUUCACAUACAGCUGUAAACCUGAGCAAGAAUGGUGGCGCUAAUAACCCACAAAACGUUUAGAUGGAACUUCAAUUUAUUCAGGAAUUCAUUGCACAUCCUCUGCUGUGUUUUAUUUAUGGGUUUAGGUGAUUGGAGCUCAUGCUUCGACAAAAAAUGUUUCUGUGAUUGACCUUGAAUUUUGAGGAGGCUUUGCUGGGUUAUUUUGAAGGAACUGCAAUAUUGAUGACUGAAUCUCAUUGAUUUUGUUUUACAUUUCAGUUUGAAUGCUAACUGUUAUUUGCAGAAUUUUUUUUUUUUUUUUUGUGCGCGCAUGGUUGCGCUGUGUCAUGUGCUUCCAAUGACAGAUGCUACAUUGUUGAUAGAUUGGAAACUGGGGGUUGUAUUGCAUGCAAUUUUGUUUAGAUGAUUUCAUUGUACUUUGGUCUUGAAUAGAGCUUGCUGCUGGGGAUAUUCA